GAUAAACAGUGUGACUACCAUGGAGUUCAGAUUAAACUCAGUUUAUGGAAGUUUGCUGCUGCUCAUGGGAAUCGAGAUCUGUGUGGCUGGUGCAACAUCAAAGAACCGCUGUGAUAAAAACAUCGAGAUUGUGACCAAAUCUACAUGUUUUCCUUGUUCCGUAAUAUCUUUAAUAAAGUGUCCCAGCGGAUACGUCAAGAAGCCACCCGGCAAGAGCGGAUCGGACUGCAGAUUUUCUGUCUCAAGUGGAUUGAGUUUUGCGGGCUGUUCAUUUGAGUGCUCUAAGGACACAAUGGAGCCCCAAUGCUGUCCUGGUUACUGGGGCAAUGACUGCAUUGAGUGUCCGGAAUCCGCGGCGAGUCCCUGCAGUAACAAUGGCGUCUGCUCUGAUGGUAUGGGGGGCAACGGUACGUGCACAUGUAAGACAGGCUUUGUGGGAACAGCUUGUGAGGACUGUAGUGAGAAUUUAUACGGACAAGCAUGCAACAACGUGUGCCAGUGCAAGCAUGGCCUAUGUGACAGCGGAGUUAAAGGCACGGGACAAUGCACAUGUCUGUCUGGGUAUACUGGUAUAGACUGCAGUCAAGAGCUCCCAGCCUGUGCUUCUUUACGGUGUGGGCCGGACGCUCGCUGCAUUGAGGAAAUUUCCAAAUCCCAGCUUGCGUGCAAGUGCAAACCUGGUUAUCAAGGUGACGGAGUCAGGUGCACGUCAAUAAAUCCCUGCUCGAGAAGCGUGUGCCAUGCGAAUGCAGCGUGUGCGCAUACAGGACCAAACCAGCACGUCUGCACGUGUGCAAAAGGAUACAGCGGCGACGGACACGUGUGCAUGCCUAUUGACCCCUGCCAAACUAAUUUUGGUAACUGCCCUUCUAGCUCUACACGCUGUGUGUAUGACGGCCCUGGAAAGUCUCACUGUGAGUGUUUGGAGGGAUUCUCGAAGUACGUUGAAAGGAUGGGCUGCAGUAUUAAAGAUGUGUGCAGACCAGACUCGUGCCAUAAAUACGCCACCUGUGCCACGGUAGUACCAGGAACAGUCGAGUGUAAGUGCCGUGACGGUUACCUAGGCAACGGGAAGAUAUGCCUCGGCAACAUAAUUCAGCAGCUGCAAGAACUGAAUUCAAAGCCAGGUGGGGAUUGGACGGGGCAGCUUUCUAGUGCCAUUUCACUGUUCGAUAAAGCAAUGUCAUGGCCUCUGACCUCCCUCGGACCAUUUACCGUGUUCGUGCCGGUGAACAAAGCUUUUAAAGGCACAUCUGUGAAAACGCUGCUUGCCAAUGAAAUGAAAGCUCGAUAUCUCGCCAAGCUGCACAUGGUGGCCGGAGAGGUGAAUUUUGACUCUCUGAAGAAAGGAAUCUUAUACUACACUUUGACUGGCCUGGCGGGUGAAUCCCUGAGUGAUUUCACGCAGAUCAAAAUCCGUCUGCAUGGUAGCCGCAAGAGAGCAGCCUUUAUUGAUACGGACAUCUUCGCCUCGAAUGGAAUUAUUCAUUUGGUUGAUAAGCUGAUGGAUGCCGUCCCUUCCACCGUGAUCAGCGAGAAAGAGGAAAACCUGUUGCAGAUUCUUUCGAAAAAUGGAAAGUUUUCUCAGUUUAAGUCUCUGCUUGAGAAAACCAACAUGGCAGCCAUUUUAGAAAGUCCAGGACCAUAUACACUAUUUGCACCAACAAAUCCAGCGUUUACCUUCCUGAAGGCUGGCUAUCUAGACUACCUCAGUUCUGAAGAGGGUAAGAAUAAGCUUCUUGAGCUGAUGCGCAAUCACAUCAUUUCCAAUUCCCAGUUGAGUGCCAGUUACAUCGCCUCAAACUCUCGUGCCAUGAGCAUGGCCAACCAGGCCCUGACCUUUAACGUAACCGCUGCUGGGCAAAUGCUGGUCAAUGGCGAGGUGAUGCUGGAACUGGAUGUUGAGGCAGCGAAUGGUCUUCUCCAUUCAGUAGAGGGCGUUCUGAUUCCAGCAUCCAUAGAGCCCAUCCUUCCACAUCGCUGUGACCUUACAGAAAACAAUGUUUAUAGGGGUCCAUGUGUGAGCUGUACAAGUUCCUCCAAAUCUUUUUGUCCUACGGGUGAACGAAUGAAAGUGGAUGUGAAAAACUGUGUGUAUAGGAUAAAUAAUCUUGAGAGCCGUAUACCCUUACUCACCUCUGGCUGUGCUUACAAUUGCAACGAGACAAAGACUACCCCUCUCUGCUGCAAAGGUUUCUUCGGGCCAGACUGUUCUCCAUGCCCAGGUGGUUUUACCGCCCCCUGUUCCUCUCAUGGCAAGUGUUCUGACGGCAUCGAUGGAAAGGGCACGUGCCAGUGCGAGCCCAAUUUUAAAGGCUCGCGCUGCCAGUACUGUGCCAACCCAAACAAAUACGGCCCGUCCUGUGACAAAACCUGUGGAUGCAUACAAGGUGUGUGUGAUAAUCGUCCAGAGGCCAGCGGUAAAUGUAAGGUGGGCUCAUGUAAAGAAGAUUAUACCGGAGAAUUCUGUGAGCAGCAAACGUUGACGUGCGGGCCCAACCAGCCAUGCCAUGCCCACGCAGACUGCGUGUCCAGUACUUUGACAAUUCCACAUGACAAAAUGUGUGUGUGUAAGCCGGGUUUCAAAGGGGAUGGAUACAUGUGCAUUGAGAGAGAUCCAUGUGCUUUGCCUAAUCGCGGAGGCUGCAGCAUCAACGCCAAAUGUAUAAAGACGGGUCCGGGAACACAUAGGUGCCAGUGUCUAAGUGGAUGGAGAGAGGAUGGAGACGAGUGUCAGCUCAUCAACAACUGUCUGGAUCCGUCUAGAGGGGGGUGUCACCCUAAUGCCACCUGUAUCUAUGUGGGUCCAGGACAGAGCGACUGUGCCUGUAAAAACAGUUACCACGGCGACGGAAGGGCGUGCGAACCGAUGAAUCAGUGUGUAGAACAGAAGGGUGGAUGUCAUUACCUGGCCACCUGUCAGUUUAUGGGACAGGACGGAUGGAGGUGUGUGUGUGAGGACGAUUAUGCUGGUGAUGGAAUCAUCUGUUACGGAUCGCUUGCACAGGAAGUGGCAACAAACCCGGAACUUCUAGAAUUUAACAAAUGGGUCACUCUAGCGGAUGCUUCUCAGCUGCUAUCAGAGGUGGAGAAUUGUACUCUUUUUAUACCAUCGCCUCAAGCAAUAGAAAAAAUGAGUAAAGACGACAAAGACUUCUGGCUCUCCCGCAGUAAUCUUCCCAGUCUUAUCAAGAAUCACAUUAUUCCUGGAAUAUUUAGACUGACCGAUCUUCGUACCAACCCUUCGCCACAACUAGCUUCUCUUUUAAAAAGGACACUUCAAGUUUCUUCAACCAAUGAUAGCACCUUUGUCGCAGGAGGAAAAGUUAUAUAUGGAGAUAUGGUUGCGCAGAAUGGAGUUAUCCAUCUUAUUGACACUGUGCUGAUCUCGGAGCGACAGUCGAGUACAGGUUUGCUGGAGGUGUUGGAUCAGACGCCUGAUCUCUCGAUUUUCCGCGACGCUCUCACUAAACAUAACUUGACCGAUAUUUUGGAGGAGUCUACUGGAUUUACCAUAUUUGCCCCAACAGACAGUGCCAUCCAAGAAUACCUCAAAAGAACGGGCGAGGAAAUACUGGAUUUGAAUGUGACCCAGUAUCACAUUAUUGUGAAUGAAAUCAUUAAAGAAGAACAGUUGAUGGAUGGACUUUAUAAAGAUACUCUGUUGGGCUUCUCUUAUCAGCUGGGAUUUUUACGCAAAGAUAACAAGGUGUUUGUAAAUGAUGCUGAGAUGAACACAACAAAUAUUGAGGCAAAUAAAGGGGUGAUCCACACACUGUCUGCUGUUCUGUCCAUCCCAAACAACCGCUGUGACAAAGAAUCCACUGCACUUCUCCCGGGACGCUGCAUGGAUUGUUUCAGACCUGCGGAGGACAUUUGUCCUUCAGGAACGAAAAGAACGACAAAACCAAAGAGAAGAUGCAUGUACACUCGAGUGUAUCAAGAAGAGACACUGCUGACCAUCGGAUGUCAAUUCAAAUGUGUGAAAGUCACUAUUAAAAGACAGUGUUGUGCUGGUUAUCAUGGAAUAAACUGUGAGCGGUGUCCGGGGCCAGAGGCUCAACCCUGUUUCGGCAACGGCGUAUGUGCUGAUGGAACAAACGGCACAGGGGUUUGCCAGUGCAACCAGAAUUUUAAUGGAACUGCCUGUGAGAAUUGCCAAAGAGGAAGAUAUGGAAUUCACUGCGACCAAGAGUGUAAGUGCGUUCAUGGACGUUGUAAAGACGGUAUGGAUGGAGACGGCAGCUGCGAGUGUGAUUUGGGCUGGAGAGGAAUAACCUGCAACCUUGUUAGUACGUCAGACAUGUGCGGAGGAAAAUGUCACAGCAGUGCCAAUUGUCCAAUGAAUGAAGCGGACAGUACCUAUUACUGUAAAUGUGCAGCAGGGUUUCAGGGUAAUGGCACUCAUUGUACAGCGGUGGACGCUUGUGCAGAGAAUAACGGAGGCUGUAAUGCCCACGCGCUGUGUAAGAGAACCGUCCCGGGACAGAGAAUAUGCGUGUGCCCCCAAGGCUACGGAGGAGAUGGGAUAGUGUGCAUUCCCAUCAACGCCUGUCUGGAAGGUAACAAUGGGGGGUGUGACCCGGAUGCUGACUGCAUAAGCACAGGUCCUAAUAAGGCAACAUGUGUUUGCAAAACGGGAUUUACAAUGGUCAAAAACAAUUGUGAGGCCAUCAAUGUGUGUCGUAAGUUAAAUGGCGGAUGCCACUGGAAUGCCCGCUGUACCAUGACAGGACCCUCAAAGAGAAACUGUACCUGUGGGUCUGGCUAUAUCGGAGAUGGAGAGAUUUGUAGAGGAUCCCUGCAGAGAGAGCUUACACACAGAAGAUUGAGGGAGUUUCUGAUUGGAGUGAUGAUUGCUAGUGUUUCUGCUCUCAGAAGUCGUGGUCCCUUCACUGUCUUUGCACCCACCGAAAAAGCUUUUGAAAAUUCACUGGUAAAGGAUUCAGGAAAGAGAAACUCAGGGUUGUUUGGCGAAAUCAUAAGGUAUCACAUAGUGCCUUGCCGCAGCCUACUCCCGGAGGACCUUAUGCAAACUCGUAACCUCACAACGCUUAUGGGUGACGUCCUUAGCAUCACAAACACUGAGGACACUAUAUAUAUCAAUAGCAAGGCCAAAAUUGUGUUCAGUAAUCCGGAAAGCAUUAACGGGAUUUUUCACGAGAUCGACACUGUCCUAAUCCCGCCCAGUUUGCAGAACCAGAUGUCCAGGAAGGAAGACAACCCCCGUAACCUCUCCGAUGUGGUUAAUCUUCACGGCUUCAAGACAUUUUACAAACUGCUUGAGGACACAGAUGUGUUGAAGUUAGUGACGGACAAAAUCUACCAGCCCGUCACCUUGUUCCUGCCCACAGAUGCCGCUAUGGCCGCUCUAGCCCAGGAGCAGAAGGACUUCCUGUACGCUAUGCAUAACCGUGAGAAACUAGCAGAGUAUCUUAGAUUCCACAUCUUGCACGAUACCAUGAUUCUGCCGAGUGACCUCAUGCGCAGCAGUUCUUUAAGAACUCAACAGGGCUCAGAUCUGUCUGUGGCCUGUGUGGGAGAAGAGCAAAUUGGCGAAUUCUAUGUGAAUGAUAAAAGCUGUCGGAUUGUAAAGAGAAACAUCAAAUUCAACGGCGGCAUCAUUUAUGGCAUCAACUGUCUCCUGAAUCCUCUGAGCCUUGGGGGACGCUGUGACAGUACGAACACAUUUGAUAUCACAUUGCCAUGCAGAAGAUGUGGACGUACUUCCUCCGACUGCCCACCUGGAAGCAGGCCGAAGCAUGAACAAAAGUGUGACCUGACUAAUCACUACGUGGCUGAUUUUGAUGGAUGCCAAUCCAUAUGUACUAUGGUCAUUUGGAAGCCAAAAUGCUGUUCAGGGUACUUCGGCAGAGACUGUCUUGCAUGUCCUGGAGGUCCAGGCUCCCCCUGCAGUAGCCAUGGUAAGUGUGAUGAGGAUCAUUUAGGAAAUGGCACCUGCACCUGUGAUGCUGGAUUUACAGGUGUAGCAUGCGAGCUGUGUGUGGACGGACAUUUUGGACCAGACUGCACAGCCUGUAAUUGCACAGAACACGGUUCAUGUGAUCAAGGGAUGAAAGGUACCGGUUCGUGUUUCUGUGACGAGGGCUGGACGGGUUCUCGUUGUGAAAACAAAUUAGCUGAUGUUCCUGUUUGCAGUCCCGCUUGCCAUAAGAAAGCUGUCUGUAUGGAGAACAAUACCUGCGUCUGUAAACCCUUCUAUGAAGGAGAUGGUAUCACCUGUACAGCGGCCGACAUGUGCAAGUACUGGAAUGGUGGUUGUUCGAAGGAUGCUAAGUGCACUCAGAAGGAGGAGAAAGUGAGCUGCGCUUGUCUCAAAAGUUACUCCGGCGAUGGGUUUGUGUGCACACCGAUCGACCCUUGCGUAGCUGAUGACAACGGGGGGUGUCACGAGCAUGCCACCUGCACGAUGACUGGACCUGACAAGAGGAAAUGUGAGUGUAAAGACAACUACAUCGGUGAUGGGAUUGAGUGCGAACUGAAGCUGUUGCCGGUCAAUCGCUGUCUGCAGGAUUACAGACAUUGUCAUUCAGAUGCUCAGUGUACAGAUCUGCACCACGAGGACAAAUCAUUGGGAGUUUUUCACUAUCGUUCCCCAAUUGGAGUAUACAAGCUGAACUACACCAUGGCACUGGAGGCCUGCAAAGAAGCAGGAGGCACCAUCGCAACCUACAUACAGCUUUCCUAUGCCCAGCAGGCGGGGUAUAACUUGUGUGCAGCGGGAUGGCUCGAGAAAGCCAGGGUGGCAUAUCCCAUGAGCUUUUCUAACCCGAAAUGCGGCUUCGGACACGUGGGAAUUGUGGACUACGGCACACGCAAUAACCUCAGCGAGACGUGGGACGUUUUCUGCUAUCGAGUGAACGACGUGAAGUGCGAAUGUAAGACUGGCUACAUUGGUGAUGGAUACUCAUGUACAGGAAACCUCCUGCAAGUCCUGUCAACCACACCAACCUUCUCCAACUUCUAUUCUCAAAUCCAAAAUUAUUCAAGUUUUUCUGCAUCCGGAAAAGAGUUUGUGAAUCGCAUUAGCAACAUUACAAUCCAGUCCACACUGUUUGUUCCUGACAACAAUGGUCUAUAUAGCAACCAGACAUUGAGCAGCAGAGACAUAGAGCAUCAUCUACUGGACGGAAGGGCUUUGAUAUUGCAGGCACUUAUUAAUAUCACUCACAUUAGGACUCGACUGGGUCAAAGCUUGACCAUCACCCGAGUGCCUGAUCUCCAGAAUCCUCAGACAGCGACCUCCUCGGGAUACAUCGACGAUCAGUACGUCAUCGACUAUGACAUCUUUGCAUCCAAUGGGGUCAUCCAUGUCCUGCAGGGCCCGUUGAAAGCUCCUCCGCUUCCCCCUCCAACCCUCCACCCGGCUCAUAAGGCAGGAGUGGUCAUUGGUGCACUGGUCCUCAUCAUCCUAUUCGCAGCGGGCGGAUUUGUGGGAUACAAUUUCUAUACUCAUAAAACAAAGCCGUUUCAGUUCCACUACUUUAAGGAGGAUGAAGGAGUUGAAGCUAACCCAUCAGAACCAAGCCCGAACAUCACUAACCCUGUGUACGAAUCCACCCCUGCACCAAAAGACCAAGCACCACCGGAGGACAAGCAUGAAGUGACAUCCAGUGGUUCCUAUGACCUGCUCCAGGAUAGCUGAAAUAACCCCAUCCAGCAUAUACUGACUGACACAGUAGUAAAACAUCAUGGUGCAGUUCUCCCAAUACUACAAGAGACCAUCAUAAGCACAAUUUCACAAUGAUGGGACUGUGAAAUACCAAGAUUACACUGUAAAAUCGAAUUGUUCUGCGGUUGUGUAUGAAUGUUUUUUGGAGAAUGUUUUCAUGUGUAAAUAUUUGUCAUUCACAGAGUAACUAACCAUUUCUCUACUCUGUUGUGUUACAGACAAGUAUAAAUAUCCAACUUGAUGUAUAAAAACCCUUUUCUCUGAGAAAUUAAUUCUUCUGUGAAAAAGUGGAGCAAGGCAAAAUUGUAUUGUCAUUUUCUUCAGCCAUUUGGCAUGCACAAGUUUUCUAAAUUGAAAACAUGACACCAAUUUUGAGCUACAGGAAAAUAUGGAUUUUUUUCAUUUAGAUUUUGAUCAAACAAAUCAAGAUCAUUUUAUAUUAUUGGGAUCAACAUAUUUAUUUUUUG